UUGUUCAUUUCUCACAUUUUUCAAACCUUUUAUUUUUGUACCCCUUCACUUUACUCUUCAUUGAAGAAAAAAAAAAACUUUUUUCAUAUUCCCAAUUUCCAAUCUCAGGUUCCAUGGAGAAAUUGUUGAAUAAGGCAGUAUUUUUUCCAUCAAUUUUGAAUUCUAGUGAUAUUUAUCAUUAUAAUCAACAUGCGGUUUGUGUUUUUCCUAUGAAAUUUAAUAGAAGAUAUCACAAAUCAGCAGUUGCUACUGCUCAGAUGAGCAUAGGUAUCAAGAGAGCUCCUAAAUGGUGGGAGAAAGGACUUCAACCGAAUAUGAAAGAGGUGACGGGUGCUCAAGACCUCGUUGACACCCUUCUAAACGCUGGGGAUAAACUAGUCGUUGUCGAUUUCCUUUCCCCUGGCUGUGGAGGCUGCAAAGCCCUUCAUCCAAAGAUAUGUCAGUUAGCAGAGAUGAAUCCGGAUGUGCAGUUUUUGCAUGUGAACUAUGAGGAACACAAGUCAAUGUGUUACUCGCUGAACGUACAUGUUCUCCCAUUUUUCCGUUUCUAUAAAGGUGCUGAAGGUCGUCUUUGUAGCUUUAGCUGUACCAAUGCCACGAUAAAAAAAUUCAAAGAUGCAUUGACAAAGUAUGGUCCAGAUUGUUGCAGCCUCGGACCAGUUAAAGGGCUCGAGGAGAAAGAGCUACUUGCCCUAGCAGCUAAUAAGGACCUAUCUUUUGCUUACACACCAAAAACAGAAGAACCAGUGCCUCUUGCCUUAGAAGAAGUUAAGGUGAUAAAAACAAGUAGACAAUCUUCAUCUCAUCCCAAUACAUUCUCCCCGUUACCACUUCCCCUUCCUCUUCCUCUUCCUCUAGCAUCAACUUUGCAUAAGGCCAAACAGGACUCAAAGAGUUAAGUUUGUUAAGACAUCGGACCUUGGUCUAAGUAAACUCGAAAAGCUAUGCUCAAGUCUAUAAAAAAGGAACUACAGUCCUUAAGACUAUAAAAGGAACAACAGUCCUUUCCUCAUCAUGUGAGUGAGACAUUCUAACACCCUCCGUCUAGAAUGGAGGGUAGACUUAUCUCUAAAAGUUUUCGCUCGAGAUCCAUAUGAAAAGAUGAGUCGUCCUGGAUGAUUUUGAGAUUCAUCUGUAAACUGUAUUAUAGAGGUUAUGGAUGCACAACUAUCUAGUGUGUUUUUUAAUGUACAUAAUGUCUAUGGUUGCUAUAAAUAUUUUAUGUGAACCUGGUAUUCAAAUGAAAUGAGUUCUAGUAAAGAGAGUAUAAAGGAUGAACAAAAUAAAGUUACAUCUCUCAGUUUUCGAA